UCGGAUCUGAGGAGUUUGUCGAUCGAGACUCCGAACUGGAGUUGAAAAACAGAUGUGCCGGCUGCGAGUCAACGAAUACGUUAUUAUUCAAAUCGUAAUUAUCAGAUUAUUAGAAUAGAUAAAAUGAAUAAAAUAAUGCGGCCUGUUGUGCAAAUUGUUGAAGGUCAGUUACGCGGUGUAAGUGAAAAAUCAAUUUAUGGCAAACCGUAUGCGGCUUUUAAGGGAAUUCCUUAUGCCAAACCACCGGUCGGCGAGCUUAGAUUUCAGGAUUUACGAUUCUCGGACUGCCAUCAAUCGCAAUAGGCAAAGCGCGCUGAGAUUCCCUGAAUUCGUCUAUAUGCUUAGCGUUCCGGAGAGCUCUCUAAUUAGUAAGCGUAUACAGGAGCCGAAGCCAGCAGAGUUCUGGUCAAACGUAAAGGAUUGUUCAAAGUUUGGUCCAAAUUGCGCGCAGUACGAUUCAAUGACACGUACGGUCGUUGGAGGCGACGAUUGUUUGUAUCUGAAUGUGUACACGCCGUCACACGAAACGUCUCGGUCCUUCACCCCGAAGCCUGUAAUGGUCUGGAUUCACGGUGGUUUGUUCGCUUUCGGUUCUGGCGACGACACGCUCUUCGGACCUGAUUAUAUAAUCGAGAACGAUGUGAUCCUCGUCACUAUUAAUUAUCGACUUGGUGUAUUCGGUUUUCUGAACUUGGAGGAUGGCGAAGUGAGCGGCAAUCAAGGCCUCAAGGAUCAGCUCCUCGCCCUCGAAUGGGUACAGAAAAACAUCGAAAAUUUCGGUGGUGACCGGGAAAAUGUAACAAUUUUUGGCGAGAGCGCCGGUGGCGCGUCCGUUCACUACCUCACUUUAUCCCCUUUGGCCAAAGGGCUCUUCCACAAAGCAAUAUCUCAGAGUGGAGUAGCAGUUAAUCCGUGGGCAGGUAUGGAAACCUCGCCAAAAUUUUAUGCCCGAAAAUUGGCUCAAGCGCUGGGCAAAGAAAUGACCGAUUCGAAAAUAUUGGUCGAGUUUCUUCGGAGUCUCGAUGCCAAAAUACUCGUGGAGAUGGACAGAAAAAUCAGCCAAGAGGUCCACUGGAGCGCUUUUCGUUGCUUUGUUCCUACUGUUGAUGAAACAUCGAAAAAUCCAUUUCUUCCGAUCUCAGCCAAAACAGCAUCACAUGAAAGCGUCGACGUUCCGUUCAUGAUGGGACACACGAGUCACGAAGGAAUCCCAUGGCUCACGCGUGCCACUGACGAUAAAAAAUUAGCCUCGUACAACUCUUGUUUAGAGCAGGUUUUCUGUCCAAGAGCGACUAAACUGCUGGAGUACCAAGGCCUCGAAGUUUCUGAUCUAAAGGAUAUUUAUUUCGGCAAUAGACCCGUGUCGUCAGAAAGCCUUUGUAAUUACGUGGAAAUGCAGUCGGAUGUUCAGUUUCUUUCUGGAAUUCACGAGGUCGCUGCGAUCCAAACCAUCAAAAAUAAAUGUCCAACGUAUUUUUACAAAUUUUCUUAUGACAAAGGAUUUUCUUUGGUAAAAGCGAAUGCUGGACUGGAUAUAUCUGGCGCCUGUCAUUCGGAUGAGCUCAAUUACAUAUUUUAUUCAAAAUUGUUGGCAUCGAUGGGGAUCCUACCGUUUAAAGCUGGUUCUAUGGAACACCUUGUCGCGAAACGUGUCACGGAAAUGUGGACGAAUUUUGCAAAAACGGGAAAUCCUACACCAGCGAUAACAAAUACGUUGACAGUAGAAUGGCAUCCCCUGAAAAGUCCAGACAACAUUGAAUGUUUGAACAUCAACGAGAAUCUCCGUAUGGAAUCGAUACCAAACGUGUACGCAAAGUGGGAGAAAAAAUUAACGAGCAAAUUGUAAAACCGUUUAUCGAGAAUAGACUUGAAAGUGGGUCCAUCAAAAUAUAGUUAUACGCUUUUGAAAUUUUUACCAUUUUUAUACGAUCAACGAUGAAGACACGAAUUAUUGAAAACUGAAAUAUUUUGUGGUACUCGAGCUCCAAUAUCAAGAGACUCAUUGACAGCCCUGUCGUCUGCUGGCUCGAGGCUCGCCGAACUAUCAAGAGUUAUAUUUUUAUACUUUCUCUGAAUAAAGCGAUUCGCUGUGAUGGGGGUAAAAUUGACAUGUCAUUUUCUUGAAUUACGAAGCUCAUAAGUCAUUUGAGGCUUUGAAAAUUUAUACUUCUUUCAUGAUCACUGUAACUUUUCAACUUAUUUUGUCUUCGAAAAAAUAAAACUUCAAAUGUGAGUGA